AUGGAGGGCAACAUUGCCAAAGCGGAUAAAAAUCCCACGGAGGCCUGUGAUUUUACACCAACCAGAGUUCCAUUGGAACAAUCGCCCAAUUACGAGUCUGACGAUGACGUCGACGUGUCUAUGGAUUCUGAGCCCAAGGAAGAGAUCCUCGAUGUGACGGAUAACUACUCGCCAUCUUUGCAAGAUGCUGGCCACUGUCAGGACAACGAUGAAAUCCCGAAUUCUCCCGAUUCCAUCACUUCCAUUGACAGCUCCGCAGGCCCUUCCGUGCUUCACGCAAACAAAUCUCAAGCCAAGCUUUCAUUCUCGAUUGACCGCAUAAUGGAGAAUGACGACCCUCCAGCAUCCCAGCUGUCUUCAUCCCGGGAAGACAAGUGUGCACCAAUCCCUGGGAACAAGGCCCCACCUACAUUCUCGGGCCCGUCGUCAUUUUCCACGGCUGCGGCGGCUGCAGCAGCAGCUGCCAACUUGAUCCUGAUGCGGGAUGCAGCAGAGGGAGUCAACUCCUACAACCAUCAAAUCGAACCAUGGCUGCGGCAUUACAUAAACCCAGCAACCGCCCCUUUCCUCCUGCGAUGCUACAGCCAAUUAUCCAUGAAUCCGUACCUCACAGCAGGUCGAGCCCUGAGCGGGAUCCUCCAGUCUGCCAAUGUUUGGAUGCCACAGUUCUCGAGGGAGAAAUCAUUUCGACCAAUGGUUCUAACCCAAGCAUCGAUGAACAAUGACAAAACAGAAACGCCGACUUGCGGUAGUGCAGUCGGGGCAAAAAAUCUCGAACCAACUCUGCCGGCACCCAUUCCAGGAUUGAUACCCAGCGAAAAAGUGAACCAAACUUACAAAGCUUCAGAAACUGAGCUGCCUGAACAUCGAAAGUUUCCAGUCAAUGAAUCAAGCGAGCACCAGGAAUUGCCGAAAAAGGAAAGCGCUCAGGGUUCCAUCGGCACAUCGUCAGGGAUCCCCGUGCAAGCAAACCGAACGGGCAGAACAUUUCCGUGUCCAGAGUGCGGAAAAAUCUUCAAUGCUCAUUAUAAUCUGACGCGACACAUGCCAGUGCAUACAGGGGCUCGGCCAUUCAUCUGCAAAAUUUGCGGAAAGGGUUUCCGUCAGGCCUCAACCCUCUGCAGGCACAAAAUAAUUCACACCCAAGAAAAGCCCCACGUUUGUCAAACCUGUGGCAAGGCUUUCAACCGGAGCUCGACACUGAACACGCACUUGAGGAUUCAUCAAAACUACAAGCCGUAUAAGUGUGAAAUUUGUGGCAAAGGUUUCCAUCAAAAGGGGAACUUCAAGAACCACCGCCUGACGCAUAGUGACAACAAGCAGUUCAAAUGCUCCAUUUGCAACAAAGCAUUCCAUCAAGUCUACAACUUGACUUUUCAUAUGCACACCCACAAUGACCAAAAGCCUUUCACGUGCCCGCUGUGCAGCAAGGGAUUCUGUCGCAAUUUCGACUUGAAAAAACACAUGCGGAAGUUGCAUCAAACCCCGCUCUUUUCCUCGGUCGAAACUCGUCAACACGCUGCACCCGGAGAAGAGAAUUCCUCAGGGAUCAGCUUGAUGACUUCCAAUUCAAAUUCUUUGGACACCAUGUCAAGGUCAAUGUCAGAGCCAUCGACAUCUGCCCUAUAUUGUGGCAUGGGGCCUUCAUUCCUGAACGUCAGUGCCUUGGCAUCCUCACAGGAUUCAUCUCUGGCUUCAAAGCUGGUGCCACUCAGCAGAUCAUCAAUCAUGCAUCCACCGUCAGCCACCUCAUCGCUUUACCUCACUUCACCGUUCUUCAACCCCGGGCCCAAAACCAGCAUUCAGCCUGUCGGCAGUGGCCAGUUACUCCAGGAUGUUCCAUUCCAGCCAUUCCCAAUUCAAAGUGUUGAUGUCUGA